CCUCGCUGUCAUCCUGCAGCCAAUAAGGGCCUGAUGAGCUCAAGUAUCAGUAUAACACAAGGACUUAUUCUCUGAGCCGAGCCUGAAGAUUCUUACAGACCGUCAUCUUCAUCGCCAGAGGAGCUUCUUGUCCCUUCUGAGGUGUGAAGUCGACUGUCACCAUGUCUGACACUGAGGAAGUGGAUCAGCUGGAGGCCCAGGAGGAGCUAGUAGAAGUAGAAGUAGCCCCUGAGGCGGAGGCCCAGGUAGAGGCAGAGCCUGAACCUGAACCAGAGCCAGAGCCAGAGCCAGAGGAAGUGCAGCGGGUGGUUCAUGACGAGGAAGACGCCUAUGAAGAGGAAGGGGACGAUGGAGAUCAAGAUGAGGAGAAGCCAAAGUUCAAACCCACUGCUCCAAAGAUCCCUGAGGGUGACAAAGUGGACUUUGAUGACAUUCAAAAGAAACGUCAGAACAAAGACCUGGUGGAGCUGCAGUCGCUGAUCGACGCUCACUUUGAGUGCAGGAAGAAGGAGGAGGAGGAGCUCAUCGGCCUCAAGGACAGAAUUGACAAGCGUCGUGCCGAGCGAGCCGAGCAGCAGAGGAUUCGCGCUGAGAAGGAUAAAGAACGACAAGCCAGGCGUGAGGCUGAGCGUCUGAGGAAGGAGGAGGCCGAUGCCCACAGGAGGUCUGAGGAUGAGGCCAAGAAGAAGUUGACACUGAGCAACAUGGGGUCGGGCUACAGCAGCAGCCUGCAGAGGAUCGAGCAGAAGAGAGGCAAGAAGCAGACUGAAAGAGAGAAGAAGAAGAAGACGUUGUCGGAGCGAUGCAAACCCCUGAACAUUGAUAACUUCAGCGACGACAAGCUGAGGGAUAAGGCCAAGGAGCUGUGGGAGUGGCUGUACAGCCUGGAGGAGAUCAAAUACGACCACAAUGAGGCGCUCAAGAGACAGAGAUAUGAGGUGAUCUCUCUCAGAAACCGUAUUGACGAGCUGCAGAAACACAGCAAGAAGGGAGCCGCCAGCCGCCGCAGGAAGUGAGCGGCUCGUGAGGUGACGGUGAGCCCGGGCAGGAGGCACCUUACCCCGGGUAACACAGCAACUGAGACCCCGUAGAACCCCCCCGCAGCCCCAGAAGAAAGGCAACAACUGGCAACAGUCUUAGCGCCUGUGUCUGCUCGAGUGAAAAUGUUUUCCUGGAUGAAUUUAACUUCAAUAAAGACAUUUUGAAAAAAAUA